CAUAGCCGCCACCGCGACUGUGGUCGGAACGGGCUCUUACAGGCCUGUCCAACCUGCACGUACAACCUCAGGAACGUCGAGGGAGGGAUGGCGUCUGAAGGGGACAUUCAACACAGUCUUCACCAAGCUUUACAAGCCAACAAGGAUCAUCAGUAUGCUCUCAGAAUCUACAGCGAGAGGAUCGAUGCUGAACUCGAGUCUCUCAAUAAGCUACUCGCUGCUGCGGAUGUGUCGGACACAGAGGAAGAUAUCUUGGAAGUCAACUCCGGCGGCUGGGUGACUAUCCCGAACGCCGUAGACGCGGUCGCACCUCUGUUAUCCUCUGAGCUCUUGGAUCAGAACUCGCCGUUCCGAGAUGUUGCUUUGCGACGACAGCGCUUCGUCGAAGCGACUGUCGUGCAUCCAUGGAAGACACAGGAGCUCGAAGCAUUGGCGGACGCUGUUAGGUCGGAGAAUCAUCGCUUGUAUGCAGUCGAGGCCCAGCUCCGUGGACAAGAAGGGCUACUGCAACCGUCCGAAGAUACAGCCAAGUUCAUGUCAGAGAACAUGACAGGGCUAGACUGGGACCGGGUCUCAGCUAAAGUUUCCAAAUCGAGCCUAAGCGGCGACCAUCGCUCCGCCAAAGAAUGUGAGGUCAAGUGGCUGGGAGAGCGCCAUCCGCAAUUUAACCACUCUCAAUGGACGCAGCAUGAAAUCGACCAGGUCAAAGCGUUAGUCGCCAACUGCGUGCCCGGACAGAUCGACUGGGUAAAUGUCGCAGAAAAGCUGGGCACCCAUCGCACACCGGUUGACUGCAUGCGCCAUGCUAUCAUUCGGAGGGCGCAUACCUGGGAGUCCGCCAGUGAUCAACGACUGCGUGAUGCUGUGGAGAUGUACGGGAUAGACAACUGGCACCUAGAGGACGCCACCCCACAGCAGUGCCAAACCCGCUACACGAGGUACUUAGAUCCCACCAUCAAGCACGGACCAUUCACAGAGGAAGAGAACAAGCUUCUGCGCGACGGUGUAGCAGUUUACGGCAACGCGUGGCAGGACAUCGCGCAGUUCAUCCCCGGGAGGACGAACGAGCAGUGUCGGGAACGCGCACAAGAGCUCAGCAGCGCGGCCAACCCCAAGAGGAAAUGGACAGACAUCGAGGACCGCUUUCUGCUGGAAUCCGCCGAACAGGCCGAGUCGAUUGAUUGGAAGGAGAUCAGUAAGGCUUUGGGGACUGGGCGUACUGAAAGCCAGUGUCGAAACCGAUAUGGCGUACUCAUGAGGAGGAUCGCGCGUACGACCAUUCCUGGCUCUACGGGAACAUUGAGACCUAUUCUUCCUGCGCCAGCGCGAGCUCCGGACCCUUCGCAAAUCGCUGGAUCGAGUGCGUCUCGUGCGCCAUCGCGACCCCCCAACGUGCCCAGGCCUAUCCUCCCUGCCCCGACGCUCAGGCCAUCAGAGCCGAGUUCAGUCGCUGGCCCAAGUGGCACAUUUCAAGCGUACUCGCGAUCUCCGUCGAUUGCCGCACCACCAGCAGAGAUCCCAACUGUUUCGUCGUCUCAAACGGGCACAGUCGUGUCUGACACACUCACUGAGACUGCAGCACAUCUGGAUAUGUCGAACGCGCCCCUAGUCGUGCAGGAGGUGCAAGCAGCUUCGUCUCAAGCAAGCACGUCAAUGUCGCCUGGCGAGACACGCGCGCCGCCUCAGCCGCGACCGCGUCCUCGUCCGCGUCGCAAGCAAGCCGAGCCCGAAUCUACGCCUGCACCAUCUACUUCCUCGGCACCUCCGGCACAGAACGUACAAGACGGUGGUAUGGAUCCAUCAGCACCGGUCACGAUAGACAAAGGGAAGGCGAGGGAAACGGCGCCAGAGCCUGGCGGAGGGGAGACCACAGCGAGAACGCGCAGACCGACGAAGCGGCUGCUCGAUGCUGCGGUCGACAAUCCGCCUUCGAAGAAGAGGCAAACAAGGAAGAAAAUUUCGGCUACAGAGGAUUCUGCUGUCCCACAAGCUGAAGCUGAAACCACAGCGAGUGCCCAAGCUGCGUCGACGGUGAAUAACUCACCACUACCACCACCAUCACCGAACAACAGCGCGAAUGGCCCGAGGCCCUUGGCACCAUCCCAACCGGCUGCAUCCACAACCGCGACAACGAUAACAGCAUCAGCCAUAGCGCCUCAAAAUCCAGGAAGAGGCGGCAAGAGAGGUAGACGUUCAGGCCCGCGAACACAACCCUCCAAACAACAGCCUACGAGACGAUCGACAAGGAAGCGACAAUCCUCUGUGGAUCCUGUGGUGGAUGCUGCGGCGCCCUCAGUGGAAGCCAAUGUCCCCUCCUCUUCUAUCGAUGCCAAUCUGACAGACAACUCUUCGGAAUUGUCGUCGCUACCGCCAUCGCCGUGAUAGUGACAGCGGACC